AUGCAACCAAAUCCACACAUCACUAUAGUCGGAUCCUUAAACAUCGACUUCGUAACAGCAACUCCUCGCUGCCCUGGACCGGGCGAAACUCUCACAGCAACCUCAUUGAGCGUCCUAGCAGGCGGGAAAGGCGGCAAUCAAGCCGUAGCAGCCGGCCGCGCCUCAUUCACAUCAAACGAGAAACAAGAUGUGACCGUCAGCAUGAUUGGAGGCGUUGGCGCCAACGAUCCAUACUACUCCACGCUCCUCCAGCCAGCGCUGGAGAAAUCAGGGGUUGACACGGCAUCCAUUGAACAAUCUGCGAUCGCGCAGACCGGAUCUGCGAGUAUCAUUGUCGAAGAAGGGAGCGGCGAGAAUCGGAUUCUUGUUGUUCCUGGUGCUAACCAUGCUGGGUUGAUGGGCGAUGUGGAUGAGAUUGUUCGUGCGAUGAAAAAGUCCGAGGUUGUCAUUUUGCAGGGCGAGAUCCCGCGAGACACGACCGUGGGUCUGUUGGAGUAUUUUAAUGCCAAGGGAGAGGCGAAGGUUGUGUUUAACCCGGCGCCUGUAUUCCCUGAGGGUGUCCCGUUGUCUGCGUUGCGUGGUACGGCUGUUUUGAUUAUGAAUGAGACCGAGGUUGUGCAGAUGGCGAGGUCGAUUGCUGGGCUCCCUGUUCACGGCGAUGUUGUCAUUGAUGAAGAUCGAUUUGAUCCUGCUGAGUUUGCGGGCAAGUUUCACGAAGUUGCUGGGGUUGAGAUUGUUCUUGUCACGCUUGGUGCGAAGGGCGUUUAUUUCUCUACUAAGAACGGGAAGUGUGGGACUGUUGCUGGUGUGAGAGUUGCCAAGGUCGUUGAUACCACUGCGGCGGGUGAUACCUUUGUUGGGUAUUUCUCGGCUGCUGUGGCACGUUUCCUUGCUACUGGGAAGGGGUUGGAUGAGUUUGAAGAGAUUGAAAAAGCUGUCUCAGCGGCUAAUGCUGCCGCCGCCAUGUGUGUACAGAGCCGGGGUGCGAUGCAAAGUAUUCCGUUUGCUUAUGAUAUGAUGUGA